CUGUUUAUACAAAAGGUAUAUUUAUUGAAGAUAUAAAAUGAUAAAAUAAUUCUAUAGUAUUUUUCAUUACUUCCAUUUAAACAGUAGACAGAAGUAGAAUUAGACUCUAUAAUGGAUGUGAAAACAAUCUUGAUUGUUUGCAUUGGUUUGGCUCUCAUGAUUGUGGAAAGUGGAGCAGCUACUUUCAAUCAGCCAAUGGAUACGUCAAGUGGGUAUUGUUUUACCGAUAAAUACGGGGUGCUCAAACUAGGAGAGGAUGGCUAUGACAACAAAAACUGCAACCGAGUUACUUGUCAUAAAAGUGGACUUAUUGGCGCUACCUGUGAAGCAGUGAAACCUCUCGGGAAAUGUAAAGUUAUUUCAAGACUCGGUCCGGAUCGUUAUUAUCCCAACUGCUGCCCAACUCUGGCAUGCCCCAUACCAUAAAACCUUGAACAGUUUUUACUUGAAAGACAUCUGUUAAACAUCGAUUUGUGGUAAAGAUAACUUUGUGUUAUCGCUUUGAAGACGUAUUUUUGUUCACACAGCUUUGUAAAUUGAAUUAAUAAAAGUAUAAACUAGUAGA